GCUGUCGGUCAGAGGGCGAGGCGCGGCUGCGUCGCCGGUGAUGGCAACGGUCGGGGAGAAGCUGGGCUUUCUGCACAGACUUCCAGUGCUAAUGAAAGCAACAUCGGAUGAUGAAGUGCCAUGUCCUGGGUAUCUUUUUGUGGAAAUUGCCAAGAUUUCUCAUGAAUCUGUCGGCACUUGUCAGUGCCUACUCGAGUACCUGCUGGAGCGACUGCAGAGCAAUUCCUGUAAUGUCAAACUGAAGGUCCUCAAAAUAUUGCAGUAUGUCUGCGGGCAAAGUUCACCUCAGUUUACUCUGGAACUUCGGAGGAACGCCACUCUUAUUCAGGAAGUAACAGUUUUCAGUGGGCCUCCAGAUCUGCUUCAUGGAAAUGCUUUAUAUCAAAGAGUUCGAACAACUGCAGAGGAUUUGGCAAAUUUGUUAUUCUCUGACGUCUUGCCAUAUCAGUCUUCUUGCGCUUCACCUCCUUCCCGAGUAGGUCCACAAAGAGGAAUGGGAUCACAUCCUUCAUCUGGGUCCACAAUGCAAGGCUUUGGGUGUACAGUAGGCAAAAUGUCUUCAGGUUUUACCAGUGAUGCUAUUCUCAACAAGAUACAGAAAGCAGCAGAAGCAGUAGCGAAUGUGGUACUCCCUCAAGAAAUCCUCAAAACUCAUGGAAGCCAUUCUGAUGGUGAUGGCUACCAGCCAGUGUUGUCAACCUCUUCUGAAGCAAAGCAAAUAAAACCUAAAAGUCCUGUUGGCACACAGGGUGCAAAAGUGGUUCAUCAUCAACCUGGUCUACCAGGGGGAGGCUGGGAAGAAAAUGACAGUGGGCACAGUUCCCAGAAUUCAUCACAGACUAAUUAUAUCUCAGAUGGCAGUAAUGGCAAAGCAGCUACAGACAGCCAGUCAGGAGGCAGCAGAGAGAGUGGAGACUUGAUGGAAAGAGUUGAAUCGGUAAACCUGAAUGACUGCAUGCAGGAAAUAACAUUGGUGAACAACCUGAUUCAAGGGUCUAACGUGUUCCUGACCAGAGAUGAAAUGCAGCAUUUUAUCAAAGAGUGCGGAUUACUCAACUGUGAAGUGGUUGUGGAACUUCUCAAUGAGAAACUGAAGGAUCUCUCUGAUGCUGUCAAGAUGCGAUCAAUGAGCAUUCUUGCCACCCUGAUGUGCUCUGACCUGUUGUCACCUGACCAAAUAUUUGCAAUUACUCACAAGUGCUUGCAGCAGCUGAGUGAAGGUGAAGCCGGACCUGUGACCAAUCGAGCCACAAAGAUUCUGAGACAGUUUCAGGCUUUGAAUGGGAAUAAAUCAGUAACACGCAUUUCAACAUCGGAAAUCGCUCAGGCUGUUCCCAGCGACGCUGAACUCACUUCAGGGAUGAAAGAAAAGACGAUGGUUCAGCCAUUCCAAUUUCAUAUCGGAUCUGAAAAGACUUUCCAGGUAUCAUCAUUGCGUUUGCCUUCAUCCUCACAAGAAACAGAGUCACAGGAAAAUCAAGGUUCAUUCUUUCCAUUAUCAGAAAGGCAAGCUAAUAAUACAAGCAAAGUGACUGAAAUUGCAUCCUCUGAAGUGGGUGCUGAUAAAAGUGGCCCAUGCUUAGCAACGCCAGCUGUAAACACAAGCUUAUUGCCACCUACAUGCAAGCUCCAUUGUGAGCAGCAGACGAGACUAACCGAGAAACCCAAACUACGUCCUGUGCAGAGCCAGGACUCACAUUCUGAGGAUGCAACAGGCAGUAGAGUCUCUUUGUUUACUGACAUGGUUCUUGUGGCACAUGAAACAACUCAACCAUUUCUGAAGGCCUGUCUCAAUCAAGGUUCAUCAAGUGCAAUGCAGAGCGUAGCAGAGCAGAACAAAAUGUGCGGUGAAACUGAAGUGAAGCUUCUGCACAGUAACGGGCAAAGUGAUUCUGAAUCAAAUCAACCAUCUGCAUUCUCAUUUCUUAAUACAUCUUCGUGCAGUGUUUGACUUCUUCAGUCAUCUCGGACACUAACAAGGAGAAACUAGCAUUGCACUUUGAUACAAAAUACUUUAACUUAUAUUCUCGCACUGACACGUAGAACUUUGCCUUACCUCCUUAUUAAAACCUUGGUUUCAGAAGCUGGUUUGUACACUGGCGUUGACGUUAACCUACAACACUACCAAGCAGCCAACCUGAGAACAACAUUUGUUGCUUAAUGUGAAGGCAGAUUUGAAGCCAAAUUGUGAAUUUUGUGCCUUCAAAACCACAACGGAAAUUCUAAAUGUCAAUCUAUUCAAGGUGGCUGUGAAAACAUAUUUAAUUUCAUGUCAUACAUUUUUUUGCAGCAUACUUCAGGGACUGCGUUUUCUAUUAGUUAAAUUGGAAAAUAUUUAUAUUAUUUAUGCAAUUUCAUAUUAUAUAACAACAAAAGCAUGCUUCAAAAGAACAUCUGAUCAUGAAAGAUAAAAAAGCACAAGUGCAGAUUUCAACAGUCUGAUCAAAAUGUGUGAAAUGAAAUGAUAUACAAUUUUGAAAGCAACUUCUAACAGGUGCUGUCUAUUCAGUUUGAGAAAGAAUGGGUUCACUGUAUUAGAAGUGCAGCUGACUAAUAAAAGUGUGCUUUGAUGAUGCAUUUCAAGUUGUGGUAUCCUACUGCCUGCUUUGUAGCAGCUGUGGAAUGCACCAGAGAUCACAAAGAUAAAAUGUUGUCUUGUAUGAUGGCAGCUUGAAUAGUUUUUAAAAAAUGUGUAAUUCUCAUCUAUUCCUAAGGUUUGCUCUAAAAAAGUGUCCUUCUUGACAUUUUAUUUGAUUGACAUGAAUACAGCACUGUGUUAAAAGCUGAUACUAUUGUUCCAUGGGUGAUAAAUAGUAACAGGUGUAUACAUUUAAUUCCGUGUAAUGUGUAUCAAAUUUAUAAAUCUUGAAUAUAUGUGCAAUGCAAACUAAGAAUAUUAAAUUCCAAUGCAAGUAGUUCUGCUAUAACGUGAUAGUUGUAUUCCUAAGAAACCUUGUGUU